CCGCAAUGGUUUCUCCUGGAAAGACCGUGAUUUUGGUAUCCGCGGACGUCUCUAUGGUUUCGACAGCCUAGAAGGAACAAAACGGCAUUUCCGGGAAGAUGGCGGCGCACAAGUCAGGUCCGGCACAUGUUUCCGCGGAAAGGACCCCGCAAUGACGAGGUCAAGAGUCGUGGGAUGAAGUUUGCUGAGGAGCAGCUGCUAAAGCAUGGAUGGACUCAAGGCAAAGGCCUCGGCCGGAAGGAGAAUGGUAUCACCCAGGCUCUCAGGGUGACACUGAAGCAAGACACUCAUGGGGUGGGACAUGACCCUGCCAAGGAGUUCACAAACCACUGGUGGAAUGAGCUCUUCAACAAGACUGCGGCCAACUUGGUAGUGGAAACUGGGCAGGAUGGAGUACAGAUAAGGAGCCUUUCUAAGGAGACCACCCGUUAUAAUCAUCCCAAGCCCAACCUGCUGUAUCAGAAGUUUGUGAAGAUGGCUACAUUGACUUCAGGUGGAGAGAAGCCAAACAAAGACUUGGAGAGCUGCAGUGAUGACGACAACCAGGGGCCCAAGUCCCCAAAGAUUCUGACUGAUGAGAUGCUGCUCCAAGCCUGUGAGGGGCGAACAGCACACAAGGCUGCCCGUCUUGGGAUCACGAUGAAGGCCAAACUUGCUCGCCUAGAGGCCCAGGAGCAGGCCUUCCUGGCUCGUCUCAAAGGCCAGGACCCUGGGGCCCCUCAACCGCAGUCAGAGAGCAAGCCCCCCAGAAAAAAGAAAAAGAAAAAGAAACAGAAAGAGGAGGAAGAAGCUACAGCAUCUGAAAGGAAUGAUGCAGAUGAGAAGCACCCAGAACAUGCUGAGCAGAACAUCAGAAAAAGCAAGAAGAAGAAAAGGCGACAUCAAGAAGGAAAGGUCUCAGAUGAAAGAGAAGGUACAACUAAAAGGAAUGAGAAGGAGGAGGACGCUGCAGGAACAAGUGGGCUUGGGGAAUUGAAUAGCAGAGAGCAAACCAAUCAGUCCCUCAGGAAAGGGAAGAAAAAGAAGAGGUGGCACCAUGAAGAGGAGAAGAUGGGGGUCUUGGAGGAAGGAGGAAAAGGCAAGGAGGCUGCAGGCAGUGUCAGGACAGAGGAGGUAGAGAGCAGGGCGUAUGCUGACCCAUGCAGCCGAAGAAAGAAGAGGCAGCAACAGGAGGAGGACUUGAACCUAGAAGAUGGAGGUGAGGAAACUUUUAGGGGGUGGAACCAGGGAAGCAGAGAGCAGAGCAUGCAGUGAUGGAAGAAUCAGGAAAAGCAAACAGAAAAGACAGCAGCAUCAAGAGGAGGAGGACAUCUUGGAUGUAAGGGAUGAGAAGGAUGGCGGGGCUAGGGAAGCAGAGAGCAGAGCACACACUGGCUCAAGCAGCAGAGGUAAGAGGAAGAGGCAGCAGCAUCCCAAGAAGGAAAGAGCUGGAGUCAGCACUGGCCAGAAACCCAAAAAGAAGAAA